UAAUGAGUCUUCAAGGUGUAAUUAAGGCAGGAGUUCUGAUUGGAAAUGUAGCUCUUUUAACAGGAGGAUAUGUACUUGUAAAAAUGCUCUACAAUAAUUAUCUAAAUUACAAGAAGGAAUCAAAAAGAUUAGAAAAAGGCGGAUAAUCUAAUUAUUAAUAUUUAGUUGAUGCUUUUAAUUAAGAAGGCAAAGUUGGAGAAUUAGUGAAGAUUAAUAACUUAUCUUUCAUUGGAACUUCUGAGUAUAAUUUAAAUUUAAUCUUAGACCGGUUGCACCAACUACUUUUGUGCAUUCAAAAAUCAAUAAUAUAGAGAAAUAUAUUUGUAUAAAAGGAGUAUUACAUGAAUACAAUAAAGAUAUCAUUCAAACUUAAUGGAUCAAGGCAUUCAAUUUGAAAGAUGAAAAUAAUCAUUAAGUUACCAUCCUUGUAAAUAACAAAGAAUCUUUUAUGCCUUAAUUAUUUAAACGUGUAUCAGAACCCAAAGAUGAUUAAAAAGAAGGUUAGCUAGUUAAAGAAGCUUUUAGUGUUAAAGUUACAGAGAGUGGAAUAGCAGUAUAUAUUAUUGUUAUUGAAAUAGUUUGGAUCAAAUUUGUAUGUAUUUGGGAGUUUCAUAAAAAAUAAAUUAGGAUAAAUCUAAUGUGUGGAAUCUAAAUUGAUAUGUAAUGCAAGUGAUGCAAAAUCUUAAACCUAAAUAUAAUCUUAUAUAUUUUGGGUAGGAGCAGCUUGUGUAGUAACUUGUUGUUUAUUAAUUUCUGGGAUUACUCUCUAUUUAACUUUUUCAGAUUCAGAUGAGAAGAAGAAUAAAUAGGAAAGAGCAAUAAGAAGAUGA